GCAGUUUAUAUACAUAAACAUAUGCAUUAAAAUAUUGAAUAUUAUCUAGUAAUAGUAUCAGAAAUACACAAUACUCGAGUAGCUACGAGUACUUGAAUUCUAUCGACGUGACAAACGGUGCGGCAGCAUGACAAAAUGAAGCGCACCCAAUGUUGGACAACCAAAAACCUACCGUUGAAUCCACUUAAGUCGCAUCAGCCGCGACAUAACACGGUUAUAUCUGUAUUUAUAUCCACUGCUGUUCGUGUAUUUCAAGUUAAAUUAAUACAUAUUCACUAGCUCGAAGUGGCGGAGUCGAACAAUCGUCCUGAAACCCCUUUAAUUCAGAGUUGUUGGGCACAGACGAACUCCGUGUUAGUUCCCCCCGUGAGUAAAGUAACUCCUCUGGAAGGUAGCUAGGUGAGCUAAUGUGUAGCUUCCCCCGGAGGAGCUGCGCACUGUCCGGCUGCGGGUCCGAUGGCUGUGCGGUGGCUGUGCAGGUAAGACCCAGUUUAAUCAAAGUGACCGGAGUGUGUGUGUGGCGGGUCGGAACCAGGCCGAAGUGAUUUGGGGAAGGUGGGGCCCGAGUCAGGUGAUCCCCGGCCGGCUAGCUUCACUACACACAAUAGCCUCGACGCGGAGCGAGGCAGCGGAGGAAGAGCCGGACACGUCCCCGCGUCCCCGGGUCGGAUUUGUGGGUUUAGACGGUGUGCGGGGCUCGGUGAAGUGCGGGUUUAUUCAGUAAGUUGCGUUAACGCGGAGGAAGCGGCUGUGGGAGGGGCGACCCCAGCACCAGCCCCGCCGCAGUCAGUCAUCCGGGCGGGCGGGCAGGCGGGCAGCCAGUCGGGCGGUGGGUGCUGAAGCUGACCGGAGCCCCGUCACCGCCGGAGACUCGGAUCAUCGACCCCCGAGCAGCCGCCCUGCUGCCGCCGGCCCAUGGACACAAGACAUCCGCCAAAAUGUGCGCGAAUGUGUUCGGAGUUUUGAAAAGCUUGUUUGGAAAGCCCUUUGAUGGCGGGAAAAGGAUGGACCAUGGCGGCCCUCAGCAGCAACAGCAUCCAAUGGAGCAGCAGCAGCAGUCAUACAAUGCGCAGCACCCUGCCAUGAUGCGGCUGUACGAGGUCCAGAAGGAGGUGGCAUCUCUGGGGCCUCAGGUCUGCACCUUCAGCGGCCUGCAGAACGACAGAGACUACAAGCGUCUGGAGCGGGAGCUGACCCGGCUGCUGCUGGAUGUGGACCAGGUCGACACAGAGGGCAAACCGGAGCUGCAGGGGGCACGGAAGAGAGCGGCGCAGGAGGUGGAGGGCCUCCUGAGGUACCUGGAGGAGAACGCCACGCAUCCGUCCCGUGUAGCCAUCGAGGAGCUAAGCAACGAGGCGCGGCAGCUGGUGGACGACCGCGUGGUGGCCCCUCAGCGCGGCGGUGGGGUGGCUGAAAUAAACGACGAACUGGUGGAUGCCCUGCAGCAGCUUGUGCUGAGGCUCACCCAGGUCAAGACCGAGGGGAGAGUGCCGCUCCGCAAAGCACGUUACCGGGCGCUGACGCGUCUGUGUGCCGUGCAGGACGUGGUCGAAGGGCGCACGCAGCAGCAGACGCUCUCGCUGCCGCUGUCGGGGGAGACCCACGAGGCCGUGAACCGCAUCAACCAAGUGAUGGUGAAGGUGAGCGUGGCCCGCAGUCAGCUGGUGGCCCUGCUGAUGGGCCUGAGUGGGAGGGACAGCUGCGCCCAUCUGUCACGCAUCCUGACGGAGAUGCAGGUGGAGCUGGACGCUCUGGAUGUUUCCGGGAACGCAGCAAUCAGAAACUACAGGAAGCAGGUUGUGGAGGAGAUAAACGGUCUGCUGAAACAUCUGGACCUGGAGGGGGAAGGAGACGACACGCGCAGAUACGAGUUGGGUCACAACAACUCCAUACGUGAGAUCGAGGCCGUGCGAGCUCACGUCUCCCACUUGCGAGAGGGGAUCCUGCGACACUGUGCGAUGGGCGAUCUCAGCUUCAGACCCAAGGCCGAGCUGCAGAGCCUCCUCACGCACCUGGACCAGGUGGACACGGCCAAGAACCCUUGUAUCCGAGAGGCCCGGCGCCGCGCGGUGGUAGAGGUCCAAGCUAUCGUCACCUUCCUUGACCUCCGUGAGGCCCUGGUUUGCCGCCAGCCAGGCCCCACCGAGCACCCGUCGCACCGGGCCGUGUGGCUGGUCCUGGGCAGCCUCUCGGACCUCCAGGCCCAGGUGCUGGGCUUCGACGGCAAGAGGGUCGACAAGAGCUACAGGAUCCUGGAGGAGAUGCUGACCAAGCAGCUGCUGUCCCUGGACGCCGUGGACCCGCAGGGCGACGAGACGGCCAAGGUGGCGCGGAAGCAGGCGGUGAAGUUUGCCCAGAACAUUCUCAACUACCUGGACAUGAAGACGGACGAGUGGGAGUAUUAACUGAGUAAGAAACAUGGAUCACAGUGCAGGAGGCGCAGGAUUGGACGUCGCUGCAGGAAUGAGAGGAGCUGAUAAUGUGUGUAAAUACAGAAAAACUAACGUUAUCAUUCCAGAGGCUGUAAAUAUAUAGACCCAAAUCCCCAGAAUGCACAGCAGCAGCGCUUUUCUUUCGUCUCUUUGUGAAAGUCGUGGCUGAUCCUGCUGAGAAGGAAACAUCACAGAACUCCUUUUGUGAAACACAAACAGUUUUUUGUGCUAUUGGACAUUUUUCUCUUCAAAAUCUCGUGUGUGUGAGAGUCUUCGUCAUUGUCGUCGUGUAUUUGACGUGUGUGUUUGUUGAACCUGCUGCCAACACACUGCAUAACGCCUGUUCCACAGCUCACCCCCCAGACUGGACCUGAUAUUGAUAUACAUUUCUCGAGGGGGAUGGAUCGCUUCAACAGAGGCUUCCCCGUCUGGCCUGAUUCAUGUGAAUGUCAGUUGCUAAUGGAAACAGCCACGGCUUGUUUUGAACUCUGUGACCCAAUUAGAGAGAACGGGGCUCUGAAUACCUGUUGGUACGGUGGCCAUUUUAGAUGCUGAAAUAUCAAAUUCAAAAUUUUCUGGGUUAUUUUGCUGCAGUUUGUGUUGAAAUCAAAUCUGGAAACGAGUUGAAUCUGCAGCCAAAUGUUCUUUUUAAGUAAUUGAAGAGAGAUGUUUGGACAAAAGUGUCAUUUCACAAGUCAUACUUUAAAAGGCCCAGGCGGUUUAAACAGAGACGGUAACGAGAGAGCGAGAGAGAACAGUGGGAUUAUUGAUGUGAGGUCCGUCUCCGCUCCUGUGUGACCUAUUUAUCCCCUCGCUGGUUUGGCUCUCACACACACUGACCAAACCUGACGUGGAGAAACGCUCAAGUGACAAAUAAAUAGGGAGCAGAAGCACAGAAGCACCGAUAAAGUUCCAGGAAACUAAAAUCCAUGUUUUAAUCUCAUGCGGCCGCCGCCCGUCAGCUCUGAACAGGAAGUCUGAAAAGAUAAAAAUACCUUUCCACCCGCUGCUUGUGUUGCCGUUAGUCUGUAGUAUGUUCUCAAAUGUUUGUUGUGACUUUGUACGAUCGCGUUGUUCUAUAAAUGGAUCAGAGAGACGAGGAGAGGAGGUGAAAAUGUGCUGCUGCUGCUUUAGGUUGUUUUUUUGUUUCUACCCACUGCUGUCGACUGACUGAGGACGGGGGGAGACGUCCCUGUGGAGAGGACGAGGAGGCUGUGAUAUCCACUGGAUUGACACAUCAAGGCUGAAGCUCGCAGGGUCCUGUGUGGUAGAGACGACUGACGGUGAUCGCAGUUGACGGAGUCUUCUAGAAACUGGAUGGAGCUGCUGCUGCAGAGGAGGAGGGGGACUGGGAGAGGAGUCCAAAUCUCUGUGCCUUUAUUUUCACCCUUCCCUUGGAACUGGGUUUGUGUAACAGCAGCCUUGUCGUGCAGCGACUGAACAAAGACCAGGCAGCUGCUCGUUCCUUGGCAUCAACGCACGAGGACGAGGAGAGCCAGAGCACCGAAUGUGUUGAGGAGCGCACCUUGGCCGUUAUCGCCACCAGACAUUUGCACUACUUGUCAGAAAUUGAGUGUUUUUGCAAAUCAGUAUUUACUCCCCCAGAUAAAGGUGGUGGUGGUGUUGUUGUGGUCAGACUGACGACGCUUCUCGUAGCAGGACAUAACAUGAGUCACUUUGUGCUUUCACACUGCAAACAGCCUCCCUGAGAACAAUCAGACGACAAUAACUGAAACGGCUCAUCAGCUGAAUCGAGAACGCCCCCAAAACGCUGAGCUAUCUCUGCCUCCUCCCUCCACCAUUGAAAACUAGGUGUUGCCCCCCCGUGAUGCAGAAUAACAGGAAACCGGCAGCGAAACAGAUCAAAUGAGAUAAAGAAGUUUGUCUUAAGGGCAAAUAAAAAAAACAAAAAUGAAUCCAGAAGAAACCAGAUGACGAGAAACUCCUGAUCUCAAUUCUAAGCAAUAAUAUAGCGAUUUUUUUUUCCCCAAUAGAUGAAAUUCAAACAUCUACUAUUCUACGACUUCAUCUGCUGAGAUUUAACAGAAACAUCCACAAAAGUAACUUCAUUGACUCUGAGCAGAAGAUCUGUUUGGCUCCGGCCUCACUUUGCCACAUCAGCAGGGCCAGAGGAAACCUGUGGAUCUCAUCUGAUCCCAGGUCCACCGCCAAACAACAGGAAAGCUAAACUGACGCCAACAUUUCUUGGCCGACGAGACAGUUCAUCAGCCGAGUGUCCUCCUGGUUCUGUGGGAACGUUUGCUCGCAGUGUGAACGAACACCAACGGGUCAAAUGUCUUCAUAGUUUCUAUGAAACAAGUUGCUCAAAUGUGAUUUAAGCCACAAAGCUGAAGCAAAUCAUCGAGCUCUUUGUUGCCCCGCCGCCUAAACGCCCCUGUACUUCACUGCUUUUUGAAAAACGUGUUCAGUGAACUCCCACAGACCCUUUUUAUCUCCAUUAAAGCUGCUUUUGGAAACGUUCUCUGGCACAAAGCCUGCAGCUCCGCCUCCUGGUCGCAGCGCUGACUCAUACGGGGGAAAUUAGAUUAAACAGUGUCGGUCGCCCGGCUGUUGUUGCAACAGAUGCCAUCUCACAGCGAAACCUUAUGCUCUCUCAAACCAAACCAACCCGAACACACCUUAAGUUCACAUGCUCCUUUUUGUAUGCAGUAAAAAACAUAUAUAUAUAUAUCAAAUCAAUAUGUACAUUUAGUCCUCGCAGUUCACUCUGAACUCUGCUUCCUUCUCAAACAUCCAUUUGAAUCAUUUAUCAGAAGAGUUUUACAGUGUAUAGAGAAAUGUCCUUUUUCCGUCUCGUCCUCUCGAAGCCUCAGUUUUUUGGUUUUAAGUCAGUGUUGGUGGGCGUUCUGGAAAACACACACGUUUAUUCUCUGUGGUUCAUGAGUACGAACUCCAGAGGGAGCACGGCAGUGACGUGAAGCACGGUUCUCUACGUGUUGAGCUGAAGUCGAGAUGUUUGUGUCGGAAAGACGGAGCAACUAACUAACAGUGUUUGUUCAUAGACUCUAGUUCCGUUAGAUCCAAGUUACACGAAACCUGUUUCACUUCUGAAUUCAUAGGGAUUGUAAUCAAUAAGUGUUGUAAUCUCUACAGCUGCAAAAAGCUAUUAUUAAUUCAUCUGUGAGUUAAUUUCUCAAUAAUUCAAUAAAUCAUAUGGUCAGAAAACUUAUCCUGUUCUUUAAGCCUUGACAUCGUUAUUUCAUUGAAACCCUUAAAUAAUCAGUCGAGCAUCAGAUACUCAAAUCUGAAAAGUAUUUCUGAGAAGCUAAAUGUGGAGAAUCCAAAAUAAUUGUUUAACAAAAUGUUCUGUCGAUCAACUAAAUGUUGCAUUUACAGAAAAAGGAUUUCAACUCUUCCGUUAUCCAAACAAGUUGUUCCAAGAUAAUCCCAUGAAAAUUAGUCCAUGUUUCAAUACUUUGACUUCUCACCUGAACGUUUGUAAAUUUGACGUCAUAAAAACACCACAAAUAUAAUAAUUAAUAAUACUUUAGUUUUCCCCUAAAACAACUAAACAUUUUUAAUACAAUCAGGAGGAAAUAGUUCAUUUGUUGGGAACUAUUUUCUUCGUUUGUUAGACAAAGUCAAAUUAAAUGUGUGAUGAAGGAGCGGCAGUUUGGCUCGAUGUGUUUUUAAGAGUUUUAUAGUUUUAACAGUGCAGCUCUGUGGCGCAGGAACAACAAAUCAGACUAUGAUGCAGAUGUUUGGUCUUUUGGGACAUUUUGAUAUGAUCUGAAACCUUUUAGUCCUGCUGUCAGGAUUAAAGUCUACUGAAGGUAUACGAAACAAUAUCUUCAGAACCCUGGUAUGAAUUAUUUAAAAUGAUUUAGAUGUAUUGAGUCACAUCUUGUAGAAUCCAUAUUGUUGGUAUUUCACAUUAGGAACAAAUUACAGGAUUUCAGACAAUGGGCACAUAAAAUAUAAUAUUCCUCCCUAAUUUUAGUCUCAUGACAAAAUGUUGUGCAAAAGCCACAUCAAAAAGAAAAAACAUUUUAUUCAGACCUGUUAUCAUGAGCUCAAAUAUUGUGGCGUCUUUAUUCGCUGUCAUUUCCCUGAACACUCGGCCGGACGCUAAAAGCAGCUCGGGGUCGUCCGGCCUCUCGGUGGCACUGGAGUCCAUUAGUGACGAGGUUUAAAAGAUUCAGAUCCAGUUGUGUGACGAUCAGCCUUUUACCGGACGAUGCUUUUAUAACCAAACAACAGAUACGAACGCUGAGUAACCUCCAGAUUCAGAGGUUUUAAAUAUUAGAUUUUCCUGCCCUGUGUUGAAUGUAGUCACUGAGGAAUGUUUGUCUGUAUUUCUUUAAACCAAAGUUCAUUUCAAUAAAGUGAGAUCGAAGUAAUUUCUGUAGAAUUGAGGCAGCAGCCGUUGAUCAUAACGUUACAUCUCAAGGGACAAAGUGGGGAAUCUGAAAACCUUUAGAGGAAUAACAACGGACCAAGUGAAACAUUUAGAAUCGUAGAAAGUUACUAGAGGAACAAGAGAUCUUGCUUAUGGAGGAAACAGUUAUUUUAUUUUAUUUAAAAGCACUUUUAUGUUCCUGAGUCACCGUUGGUUAUCAUGUGUUGCCUUUCUCUCUGAGAAUGACGAGUUUGCUCUGCGACAGGAAAGGUAUUCCUUUUCUCUUUCUUCCCGAAAAUAGGUUUUCUUAAAAGGCCUUUACCUGCAUUGAUUGUGACAGACUUCUGCUGUUUCUCCUCCGAGACACGCUUGUAAAAAAAUAAUAAAGACACUCCGAGGCUGAAAAAAUAUUGUGUGAAUGCUCCAUGGAUGGUUGUGUUUUAAAUUUGUAUUCUCACUGCAAAAUAAAGACGACUCGUCUUCA